AAUACCAGUUGAAGUCUGGGACGUUUUUCCCAGGCCAAGCCAGUAUUUACUUAAUAUAACCGCGUUAAGUAGGUAGUACUACAACGUUGUCGAUUAUUAGUAAAUAAACACUGGCCCAAAUUAUAGUUGAGGUGCGCGGAAAGUGUAACGAUGUUACUUUUUUUAGUCUUUCUCACGUGUAGCUAUUUGUUUGCGAACUUUGCGAAUGGCGGAACGUACGCCGAAAAUUACUCCGAGUUUCGUCGCACGCGGUUCUGCAAUGAGUCGUCGUUCCGUUGCGAUUCGGGGGAGUGCAUCACUGAGGAUCACCUUUGCGAUGGGACAGUGCACUGCAGGGACGGCUCGGACGAAACGAGGGACUGUUUCAAUAUUAUACCAUGUGCCAGUGAUUUAUUGUUCCAAUGCGAUUACGGUGCUUGUAUAAACAAAGCUCGACAAUGCGAUGGGACGCCCGAUUGCAAGGAUAAGUCGGACGAGACGGCAUUGGCGUGCAAAAAAUGCGGGCGGCGAGAGUUUCGAUGUAGCUCAGGCGAAUACAUAGACGCAAGUUCGCUAUGCGACGGCACGGCCGAUUGCUGCGAUAAAUCGGACGAAACGGCCGACGCUUGCGCGAGCUUUGUUUGUCCGUCGUACACGUUUCGCUGCGAUUACGGCGCGUGCGUUCACAAACGGUCGCAAUGUAACGGGCGUCGCGACUGCGCCGACGGCUCAGAUGAGGAGCGCUGCGGUCGCACCCGACUGCCGUUCUUAGGGCGCGGCGACUUCGUCUGCGAUUCGGGGCAGUGCAUCAGUUCGGAGAAUGUGUGCGAUGGCUCAAUCGACUGCAAGGAUCGCUCCGAUGAGACUCCAAAGGUUUGCGAGAAGAUGGUUUGCCCGCGUUACAGCUACAGGUGCAAGUAUGGGGCGUGUGUGAACACCAAGAGGCGAUGCGAUGGAGUUAUCGACUGCAUUGAUGGGUCUGAUGAAACCGGGUGCGCAUAUGCUACCGUUCCACCUCCAACCCCCAGCACAAAGUGCGCUUUGUACGAGUUCAAGUGCGACAGCGGCGAAUGUAUCAACGAAGGGGACAUUUGCAAUGGCAAGAGGGAGUGUGCGGAUGGAUCGGAUGAAACUUUCGAAUUUUGUGCGUAUAGACGUUGCCCGCACAACACUCUCAAGUGCGACUACGGCGGAUGCGUGCCCAUUUCCGCUGUUUGUGAUGGCACGGCGAACUGUUGGGACGGUUCAGAUGAGAAGAACUGCCCACCUCAACAUUCCUCAGAUGAAGACGAAAUUGGUUGCGUUAUUCCCAAAAACCCAGAUCACGGCGAACAUCAGAUAGUCAGAUCUGGUACAGGUGCUUUGAACAGGAGGGCUAAGACCGCCCCUACCUUCGCCGUGUUGCGAACGAAGUGCGAUGAGGGUUACGCUCCAACCCCUCCAAAGGAGGGGAGUCUAUCCAUUUGUGCUUCUGGGACGUGGACACCUGCCCCUGUCCAUUGCACGCGUACAUGUCCAGCACUGGUUUCGUCCGCUCAUACCGAGUGCAAGUACGAGAACACCCCACUCAAAUCGUGCACGAACGCUGUUCACGGGACGGUGGCGAUGACUCCUUGUGCCGACGUAUCACUCAGCUUAAUGCAGGUGUGCGGCAAUGGAAAUUGGGACAUACCAGUCACUCGGUGCAUCCCCAACGCGCCAACGAACACAAACGGAACUGUGAUCAAUAUAUUCUACAUAUACAAGGACAAAGACAAGCGCUGAUCAGUUCAAAUUUAGAGGGAGAUUUAUGUAUCGAAUUAGCACGUUCGUCUGAGGAUCGUGCAGCCAAUAAAGAUUUUUUUACAUAA